AUGGCGGCGCCCAAACCGAUCUGGGUGCGCCAGGCUGAGGAGGCCAAGCUCAAGUCCGAGGCGGAGACCGCUGCCGCCGCCAAGGCCGCCUUCGAAGCCACCUUCAAGGCCCUCGCUGCCGCGCCCGGCGACGACGACAACGACGCCCACCCCGCCCCACCCUCCCCGGCCGAGCCCACCUCCCCCGAGUCCGACGACGAUGCCCCGGCCCCGCCAGGCCCGGUCGACCCGUCCAAGUGCUCCGCCGCGGGGCCCGGCAUCGCUGGCGGCUCCGCCGGAACGCCCUCCACCUUCACCGUCGUCGCCAAGGACCGCCACAGCCGGAGGCUCACCGCGGGCGGGGCGCGCGUGCGCGUGCGCGUCUCGCCCGCCGCGGGAGUCGGCGGGGACGAUCUCGAGGGUGCUGUCAAGGACAACGGGGACGGAUCCUACACGGUCACCUACGUCGUCCCCAAGCGCGGCAACUACAUGGUACACAUCGAGCUCGACGGCGCCCCCGUCAUGGGGAGCCCCUUCCCCGUCUUCUUCAGCGGCUCCACCGCCACACCAGCGGCCGCUUUCCCCACCGCGCUACCUGCGGUCAGCUCUGCCUACCCCAACAUGGUCAACCAGACCAUGCCUAAUAUGCCCAAUUACACAGGCGCGCCCUCCAGUGCCUUCCCCAGCCUCCUCGGGGUCAUGCCUAGUUCCUCUGUUGGUUCCCCGGGCGGAGUCAUCCUGCCAGGGGUUGGUGCUUCGCUGGGGGAGAUAUGCCGGGACUACAUGAGUGGGAAGUGCACAAAGGUGGAGACUGACUGUAAGUUCAUGCACCCACCGCAACAGCUGCUGAUGUCGGUGCUCGCCACGACUUCUGUCAAUGCUCUUGGGCAUGCGCCCUUGGCGCCCUCUGCGGCUGCCAUGGCAGCUGCUCAGGCCAUCAUGGCUGCGCAGGCACUGCAGGCACAUGCUGCUCAGGCCAAGGCCGCAGGUGGGGCUUCAGGCUCAAUAAACAAAGCCGAUGAAGCUGAUGCCCUGAAGAGAACAGUUCAAAUUAGCAACCUGAGUCCACUUCUUACUGUGGAUUAUAUUAAGCAGCUAUUUGGGUUAUGUGGUAAAGUCGUUGAUUGUACCACCACAGAUUCAAAGCACAUUGCUUAUGUCGAGUACUCCAAACCUGAAGAAGCAACUGCAGCGUUGGAGCUCAAUAGCAAGAAUGUUGGUGGUCGUCCAUUGAAUGUGGAAAUGGCUAAGUCUCUUCCUCCUAAAGCAAAUAAUAACUUGCCCAUGAUGAUGCAGCAAGCUGUUCAGUUGCAGCAGAUGCAAUUCCAGCAGGCACUAAUGAUGCAACAGUCAAUAGCAACCCAACAGGCUGCUGCACGCGCCGCCACCAUGAAAUCUGCCACUGAAGCAGCUGCAGCAAGGGCUGCUGAGAUAAGCAGGAAGUUGAAGGCGGAGGGCUUUGGUGGGGACAACAUCGAAGGAAAAGAUGCCAAAGGGAAGUCAAGAUCACCAUCACCCCCUACACGCAGAUCAAAAUCUCGGUCAAGAUCACCUAUCAAGUACCGUAGGAGCAGGCGAUCCCGCUCCUACUCCCCCCCAGUUAGACGCUCAAGGGAGCACCGAUCACGAUCACCAUCAAGAUCUCGCCACUCAAAGUAUGGUAGUGAUCGAUCGCAUAGGGAUGAUAAGGACAGGUAUAGCAGGUCCGGGAGAAGGGAGAGUGAACGAUCCUGUGAUCAUCAUUCAUCUAGUUCAAGGAGGAACAGAAGCAAAAGUAGAAGUCCUCCAAGGCAUAAGAAGCCCUCCAGAGGUGACUCUAGGUCACCCAAGAAACAAAGAGAAGAAAGUUUAAGCCCAUCAAAAUCAAGGUCAGCUCGGGCUGGUUCAAGAUCACCACGACAUCAUAAGGGAAGCAAAUCAUCACCAACUCGUGAUCGUCAUUCUCGCCAUAGCAGGCAUUCCAGGUCCAGAUCUCCUGACAGAAAGCAUCGUCACAGUGACAAAAAGGACAGCAGAAAGUCUGAGAUUCAAGAUGACAAAAGAAGAUCUCAUAGAGGUAGCAGACGCGACAAAGAUGAAAGUUCAGUAAAGGAUGAAGGGGAAAGAUCUCAUAGAAGCAAUAGAGGUGACAAAGAUGAAAGGUCUGUAAAAGAUCCAGUGGAAGAUAAAAGAGUGGAUACUAAUGCUGUUGCACAGAAGAGGAGCUCAACAGUAUCCGAAGAUGAAAUUCUGAACAACAAUAGUAGUAACCAUAAGAAAUGUAGACAUGAAGUUGGGUUGGAAGUUGAUGAAGCAAAUGAUGUGGGCUCUGCUGUAGCUGACCUUAAUGGGAAACAUGAAACUGGAUUAGAUGGCUCUUUAGGGGGCGCUGCAGAAUCUGCUAUAUGA